AGUCAAGCAGCCGCGGCUCGAGGCUUGGUGCCGAGGGAACAGGUCAUAGCCUGCCCCCCCCUUCAUCCUUGGAUAGACAGCACCUCGUGCGCCUCCGCCUCCGACGGCCCCACAUGGUCAGGACGGAGUCCAGCAGCCCCAUCGCAAGCGGCCUCGCGGUUGCCGUCCCGGCGGGCAUCACCGCUAUCGUCGUGGGCGGUUACGCCCUCAGGAGGUGGCUGAAGACUCGGGAUGCGCCGCCCACGUACACGACCCGCUUGCCCGUUCUCGGAGGCCUUGUGCAGUUUCUGAAGGACCCCCUGGAGCUCAUCAGGCUGGGGUACCAGAAACACGGGGAGAUCUUCAAGGUAAACAUGCUCGCUAAGGAGUUCGUGUUCCUUGUCGGGGAGAAGGGGCAGGAGUUCUUCUUCACGAGCGACAAGUACCUCGACCAGGCCAAGAUGUACUCCUUCAUGAUCCCGAUCUUCGGGCCCAAGGUGCUCUACGACGCGGAUUACCACACCCGCAUGGCCCAGCUCAGAUUCAUACGCGAGCGGCUGACUGAGAGCUGCCUUGCGGGCUACUGCGGCACGCUCGACGACGAGGUGUCGCAGUUUUUCGACGAGGAGUGGGGCGCUGCGGGCACCGUUGAUGUCAGGGACUCCAUGACGGAGCUGAUGACGCGGACCGCGGUCCGCUGCCUGAUGGGCACGGAGAUGAGGGAGAUGUUGCACUCGAAUCACCACGGAGGCCACUCCGUGAGCCACCUCCUGCACACGCUCGAGCAGGGCAUGCUGCCACUCUCGGUCUUCAUGCCGCACUUCCCCUGCACGAGGCACUGGAACAGGGACGCCGCGCGCCGGGAGAUGUCCGCCUUCGUCGCUCCGAUCCUCAAACAGCGGCGGGCAAAGCUGGCGAGCGGUGCGGUGGACACGGAGUCGGACUUCCUGUGGAGCGUGAUGACCUCAACCUAUCCCGACGGGCGCACCAUCUCGGACGAGGAGAUAGUCGGUUUCCUGAUCGCCGCGUUCUUCGGGGGGAUGCACAACAGCUCCAUCACGACGGCCUGGACCGCACUGGAGGUCAUGUCGCGGCCAGGCCUCGCGCGGGAGCUGCGGGAGGAGCAGCAGGAGGUCCUCGAGGGUGGUAAGUUCACGUACUCGGCCUACAAGAGGAUGAAGAAAUUGAAGAGCGUGAUCAUGGAGGUGUUGAGGAUGCACCCGCCGCUCAUGCUGCUGAUGAGGACGGUCGAGGCCGACAUCAAGUUCAAGGGGAAAAGCAUUCCCCGGGGCUCCGUAGUCGCCGUGUCGCCGAACGUCGGCAACAUGCUCGAGGAGAUCUACCCUCAGGCGGCGGAGUUCAAGCCCUGGCGCUUCCUCAAGACGAGCGGGGGCCAAAGCGAGAUCUGCCCGCCCAGGGAGUACCAGUUCAUCCCCUUCGGUGGGGGCCGGCGGCUCUGCAAGGGGCAGGAGUUCGGCUACCUCCAGGUGGCGUGCGCGAUCUCGCACAUGCUGCAGCGGUACGAGGUGGAGACCGUGGACGGGGUGACGAAGCCCGUGUACGACAUGGUGGUGGCGCCGGCUCAGCCCUGCCGGCUCAACUUCAGAAGAGCGGCGUCGAGGGCGUGAGCCCCAGCAGGCGGGCACGACUUGCCCACCAUCCGUGGCCUCCGUCGCAAAGGCUUGUGCGCACGGCGGAGAAGGAUGGUCGUCGUCGUCGCCGUCGCCGUCGCCGUCGCCGUCGCCGUCGCCGUCGCCGUCGCCGUCGCCGUCGUCGUCGUCGUCGUCGUCGUCGUCGUCGUCGUCGUCGUCGUCGUCGUCGUCGUCCUCGUCGUCGACUACAGCGGGCCUGCGCCAGGGGACGGCCCAGCGACACGCGCCGCCGCGCAGAGCACUCCGCUUUCCCCGCGGCGCCGCCCGCAGGGGGCGGUCAGCCCCAGCAGGAAUUCGGCCGCGGCGCCCGCGGGCCCGCGACCACAGCGGUGCGGGCCGGGGCGCCCCGGGCCCCGUGCGGCCUCGCAGGGCCAAGGCGGGGGCCUCGGGUCGAGCGAGAAACGAUCUGCACGAGCAUGGGCCGGGUCGCCCCCCAGGGGCGCGAGGAUGGGGAACCGGGAACGAGGAGGAAGAACCACCGAUCUUGCGCCAUCGCACGGUAGGUUGCGCUCUCCGUUCCCGUGCCAGGCAGGUCUCGCGGCCUUGGGGCCCACCUUGCCACCGUCCGUGCCUGGGUUUCAGGUCAGAGGCCUCUCAGUCGUUGUUGUCGCUCCCCCUGCUUUUCUCUUGAGCGAGCCUGCGCGCGCGUUCCCGCGCGCUUGGCGCGAGCAAGCUGCGAGAACUGGCCGAAGGCGCGGAGCGUGGCGGUGAAUGGGUGCGCGCGCCUCUCUCUUGGCGCGCCCGCGUGCCACUGUCCUCUCCUCCUCCUCCUCCUCCUCCUCCUCCUCCUC